CGUCUUGCUGACCCCUUUUUUCCCGUGGCCAUCUUGAAUGCAGAGUCAGACACGCUCCCGGUGACGUUGAGAAGAAAGCUUUCUGGCUUGUGUGUUCCUAGUGACAGUAGUGUUAGUUUAUGGUUUACGUUAAAAGUAAAAAAGAAACGCAGUAUUUUAUGACAUUGUAAUAAUAUACUGGUACUAGCCAUAAAAGACCUCAUCCCAACUCAAGAAUGUCUAACCGAGGCGGCGGUGGACCGUUAGAUUGCAAGGUUUAUGUGGGCGAUCUAGGGAGUGGUGCUACGAAGCACGACUUGGAGCAGGCGUUUGGCUAUUACGGGCCGCUGCGUAAUGUCUGGGUGGCUCGCAAUCCUCCAGGAUUCGCCUUUGUGGAAUUUGAGGACAAUCGAGAUGCUGAGGAUGCCGUCAGGGGCCUGGAUGGACGCUCUCUCUGUGGGGCGCGCAUCCGUGCUGAGAUGUCGACCGGACGAAGCCGCAGUAGGUUCCGGGGGCCGCCACCGCGUGGCCGUGUCUUCAACCCGGAUGAUCGCUGCUAUGAGUGUGGACAGAGGGGGCACUAUGCUUACGACUGCUCGCGCCGUGCUGGCGGCGGCGGCGGUGGUGGCGGCGGAGGCGGAGGCGGAGGCGGAGGCAGACGCAGAUCCAGGUCCCGAUCAAGGGACCGUAGGAGUCGUAGCAGGAGCAGGAGUCACAGCCGUAGUCGUGGCGACCGCCGAUCCCGCAGUCGUAGUCGCAGCCACAGCCGCGGACACAGCAAGCGCUCACCCAGCCGCAGCCGCAGCCGCAGCAGGAGUGUUUCGCCGCGCAAGUCUCGUUCGCGGUCUGCACCCAGGAACGAAAAGGACUAACAGCAAGGACUAACUAGCAGGCGCGGCGGCCGCACUUCACGGGACCAUAGUCGCGGCUAGGUCGUGUGACCGACCCGACCCGAUCACACCUGCCCUCUGAAUCCUGUUCGUCGUCGCAAACGAUGCAGAGGUGCCUAUCCCCUCAUGGGUUUAUUCUUGUACUUCUCUCUCUCUCUCUCUCUCGUGUGCGUGCUCUUUUUCUCUCUCUCUCUCUCUCUGCCAUUCACACCAGAGAGAAGGCUGUGUCUGUUUAAGUCAUGACCCUCGUCAAUGUAUCGUGACUCGCAUUCCCCACUAAUUGGCGGCCACUUGUUUCAUCACUUGGACGCAUCGGCGGAAUACCGCGCGAGCUUAUCGUUCAUUGUCGCUGCUGUUUCGGGUUCUCGUCAGCAGUUCUUUUAUCGCGUACUAGAUUUUCGCGACAUAGCAGUUGACGCUUGAGGAGUAACUGCUAUUCUCAGUUAGUAGUUUGCGGCUAUAAUAAGUUUAACGUGUGUAUUGAUUCAAUGUGAUCGGAAUCAUUGUGAGAAUUGGUGGGCACCGUGUUGAUUCGACAUAAUGCACUGCAACCCAGAGAUUGCCGAUUUUGGGAAAAAACGUUUGUAGGAGUUAAUAGACAUGUAGUGUUAGCAGAUGUCCACAUUGCAAGCUUAUAUCUAGUGAAAGCUCGUGGCAGUCUUUGUAGUUACGUAGUGGCAGUCGAGUGUGCGUGAGUGUGGUUGAGUGUGUGUGAAUAGUUUGUGGGACCAAGUGUACAGUGCAGAAAUCGGGGCUUUUAGAAUAGAAGAUGGGUAAAGGAUCAAGACGUCGGGAAGAAAUCGAUUCGCGGGCGUGUAAUAACGUUGACGUGCGCGGUCAACGAUGAAUCCUCUAACAUAAAGUUAGUUCAAAUUUUUCCAGACAAUUCUAGUUGCUGCCCGGGCGUAUGCUUCCCUGACAUCACAGGAAGUGAUGACGUUUGUGCACACCGCGACUGCAACGACAUUGGCUUUCCGUCUGUAAUUCCUGUUUUGAUGGUAGUGUGUGCGCAGGGUUGACAUCUGAGACCAUCACUUCCUUUUAGUUUAAAGUCGUCACGCGUAACAUUUUAAUCGGAAGGUUUCCACGCAGGUCGCACUAACUAGUAGAGGAAGAUGAGUGAUUUAAUGUCGGGAAAAGAAGCAGGUAUAGGACGAAUGUCUCACUUUGUUUUUUCGAUUUAUGAAUGGAUCGCCAUGUAUAGUUUUUAACAGACCUUACAACCAUCACGUGUAACCAAUUUUCUAUCCAAUAAAUGUAUGUAUUCAGUCGUAUAUCCUGAGUGCAACGAGUGUUAAUUCUUUCACGUUCUAUUGAAUGUAAUAAACAGUGAAAUCGUCUACGAAUAUUA